AAGGAGCCCAUCAAUGGCGGCCGAAGCCAGUUGUGAAAUAGUUUGUGCGGCGGUUUCUUAGCAGUUUGGUCAGAAGUGGGCACAUUUUCUGGCUAAAUCAGGGGUUAACUGAUUUCUACAACAGCGCAGCUAUGAUCCAGCCAACUGGACUUCUCAGCAAAGGACGUUAACUGCCUUGAACCUCCGAGGUUUUCCGGCGUCCCGCUCAACGGAGUUCUACAAAAAAUUCUUGACUUCGCUGAACUGGGAGAUUUCGUGGACAUUCCCGAUGUAGGACCGGUACUUUUAGUGACUUCUUUUCGGACACGUUUUCUAUCUGGAACGUAACUUUCAUGUGAAAUGGAGACGUGGGUACUGUUUGAGCCUUCGACAGUGAAUUUCCCAGGAGUUACUGGUGCGUGAAAGUCAGAGACGGACGAUAUUUUGGGGGUGUGGACUGAGAUGUGAUGAACAAGUACGAAGUUCUUGGAGUCGUGGGCGAAGGUGCCUAUGGGGUGGUCCUCAAAGCCAGACAUAAGGAGACCAAGGAAAUGGUGGCCAUCAAGAAGUUCAAAGAUGGAGAAGACAAUGAAGAUGUGAAGCGCACCACCUUGCGGGAGCUGAAGGUACUGCGGAUGCUGAAGAAUGAGAACAUCGUUGAGUUGAAGGAGGCUUUCAAACGUAGAGGCAAACUGUACCUGGUGUUCGAAUAUGUGGAGAAGAACAUGUUGGAGAUACUUGAGGCCAUGCCCAACGGUGUUCCCUUUGAGCAGACCCGCAGCUACAUCUACCAGCUCAUCCUGGCUAUCCACUGGUGCCACAAGAACGACAUUAUUCACAGAGACAUCAAACCUGAGAAUCUACUCAUAAGCAAGGAGGGACUCCUGAAGCUCUGUGAUUUUGGCUUUGCGAGGAACCUCCAAGGUGGCGGCAGUGCUCCCUACACAGACUAUGUGGCCACCAGAUGGUACAGGUCUCCAGAACUACUGCUGGGAGCACCAUAUGGUAAGUCCGUGGACCUGUGGUCGAUUGGCUGUAUCCUGGGCGAGCUGUCAGAUGGACAGCCGCUGUUCCCCGGGGAAAGCGAGAUUGACCAGCUGUACACCAUACAGAAGGUGCUGGGCAUCCUACCUCCUGACCAGAUGGACCUUUUCUAUGCAAACCCCAGGUUCUCAGGGCUAAAGUUCCCAGCAGUUUCCGAGCCCAUCACCCUAGAGAGGAGGUACCAUAACAUUAUCAACAGUGUCACUCUGGACUUCAUGGCUGGAGUGUUGAGACUUGAUCCGAAGGAGAGACUGUCUAUAGAGCAGUGUCUGGAACAUCCAGCGUUUGAGACUGAGAGGAUCCUGAGACAGAACAAGAGGCCUUACAGAAUCAACUCCACACACAGCAAAGCUGCACACAGGGAACACAUCAGCACAAGAACUGAGGGCAGACAACUGCCUAGCAGGCCUCCAACUUACAGUGAACACAUGAACGGCCAUGCCCCCCCUCUCUCAAUGGAACAUUCCAGUACGGGCCAACACGGUACCUCCGUACCACAGGUCAGUACGCAGGCCGGGGGCCAACUCCUCAAGUACCUCAAGUCUGGCAAAAACACCACCAAGGACAGGGCUGAAAACAACGAGGAGAGGAAAAACCAUCCUCCCAAAUACGGUGCCAACAUUCCCGAGCCAAAACCAAGGGCUGCUGAGAGUACAAACAUACCAAAGUUGCAGGAAAGCGACCAAAGAACUCACACAAGCAAGCUGUUAAAGCCUGGUUGGUCGAAAGUUGUAGGUCCUAAGCGGGACGGCGUACAUUCGGACAGCUCGGACGCGAGACAUCAGGGUAAGGAGAAUUUGCAUACGAGAAAUCAGAGAACAGCCGAGGACUCUCAGCAACAGGGGAGGGAAACAGGAGCAGCAAGGACUCAUGGGAACACCGAAGAUGCAAGGAUACACGGGAACGUAAGGAACAAUGGAAACGCACCCAACGCGAGAGUUACGGAGAACAGACUUCCCCCGUACUUGCGGAACAACGCCGACGCUGCAAGGCAUCAAGGGAACGUUUACCCGAACAUACGUAACCACUCGAAUAUCGACGACACUCGGCAACAUAACAAUGUUUCAAAGCAAACAAACAACAUGACUGGAGAGAGAAGUACACAACCCCAGGCAUGGAACCAAGAGAACCCAGAAGGGCGGGGCAAUCGUCAUGGCAACACAGCGGACCUUAGACAAAACCCUGACAGUAAACAGGGUGGCAAUGUGAAACCCUUACCACAGUACCAAGCUGGUCUGAAUGGGAGAAACUCUGACCUAGAGGUCAACCGGCCUGUGACUAGUUUUGAGCUGACCCAGAGGUUCCCCCAGGGGGUAGGGAUGGAGGGCCCCACCCCGGGGAGGAGCGAGAGUACCUUCCCAGACGUGGAGGAGGCUGGACAGGGUACUAGUCCACCCUGUCUCGGCCAAGAUGGUGCAAAUGUUGACAAGAAGGCAGUAAAGUUCCAGUCCAGUGUUGUGGAAGACUUCCGCUUCUCCAAACAAAAUGGCGUGACCGUGAUGAACCGUAGACGGAACAGGGACGGGUCGGCAGAUUCCGCUCCGGAGAAACAGCGACUGCCAGGGGUCAACUCUAGAGGAGAGGGAUUGGAUGGAGAUGUCCACUCCACAGGGCGUGGUCAUGAUGCUGGGUCUUUACUGAGAGAAAGGAGAGCAAAGAGCCAGUACUAUGAUGGUAACACAGCCAGGGGCAGUAUGGAGGGUGGCUUUGAUAACAAGGAGUCCUCAGAGCGUAGCCCCCAGCAUGACCCCAUGAAGUACACCUACCCUUACAAGUACGGCCCCUCCAUGGUCUUCGACUCUUCCCCUGACUCCACUGGUGGCAACAGGAACUGGGGAGGAACCACUCAGACAACAGGGGGGAACAGGACCUGGGGAGGGACAGCACAGGAACCUGAACAGUGGAAAGACGCUGAGCCUGAUACUGAACCUGCCUGGAAACCUGCGGGAACCUACCAACAAAACUUCAUCAGGAAGAAGAAAAAGAAGAAAGCUUCCACUCUACCUGGUGGAGACACAGACAGAAUAGCCAUACAGAGAGCCAUCUAUGGGGGAGGGGCACCCAAGGCUAGAGACUGGGAGAGACUGGACACACCGCAUCGAGAGCACAGACAACCCAAACCCUUCCGCAAGCUGGCUCAGACGCCGGCGGAAAAGAUGCUGGCAGCGGGCACAGGAUACUCCCGGAACACGGACUCACGCCUCCACCCUCUCCCGCAACGCCAGCUCCCCAUACUCAACCGGAAUAACUCUUUCGGAACAGACGGUACCAACUUCAUGUCAUACAACUCCGUCCACCAACACUCCAAGUCCGAAUCCGACAGGCAGGAAACAGGCAACAACAGGGGACACCCCACCCCGGGGGGUAUCAAGGCCCCCAACUGGCCAGCUCGGCCCAGCUCCCCCGUAGACAAUGUUAUAAACCCCGAGCUGAGAGUCAGCUCUACGGACGUACCCCCUCCUCACCACCCGUCCCAAACACAGAGGAACCUGCAGCCCAUCAAGAGUGCCAGAGGGGGUAGGGUACCUAACUUCAACGGCUUGAAAGAAACAGCUUUAUAGUGCUGUGGACUGUUGUUAAGCUUGUUACAGCUUGGCAGUAUUUUGGGGAGGGGGGAUAAUUUUGCGUACCAACCAACCUCUUCAAACUUCUCAGAUUCUUGUAGUUAAGAUAGGAUAGAUAGAACGUAUAAAUGUCUGUAGAUACAAACCAAAUGUAUUGCUUUGUUGGUAGUUCUUGUGUACAGGUUGUUCAGUGAAUUCUUUGUAUGAUCACAAACAUUUCUAUCUUCCUACUAUCAAAUCUGUCCAGGAGCAAAUCUGAUAUUUUCUACAGCUGACACAACAAACAAAAAUUCUUUUAGUCUCUUCCUUUGCUCUGCAUUUGUUCUGAGUGGUUGCACUUGUGUAUGUAGUUUGUCUUGAUUACACCACAGCAAGUAAUUUUUAUGGAUGACAUCAGCAUUGAUUUUCACCUGAUUUUGGAAAAAAAUUGUUGCCUUCUGACAGUGGUC